GCCAUGCCCCAUUUUACGUAUUUUUUCAUUUCGACGUGCUUAUUUUUUGGCCCGUGGUUAGGGACUGCUUAUUUUUACUGGUGAAAAGCGAUGAUCAGGGCACGAGUUUUCUUAUCUCUCCGAUACCCAUUAGACCACUCAAAACAUUUGACAAUGACCAACCAAGGCAGUAACAUGCCAAGAUCUUACAAGCGAAGAAACAUCGCUGUACCCCGAGCCAAACAAUCUGGCCAAAUUAAUUUUGCGUUGAACCACCCAUAUAAACCAAAAUGCACCGUGUGCAAUAAGGUUUUCAAAAGAAACCAAAGUCUCAAACAGCACAUGCUUGUCAUUCACCCUGUCAAAGAAGAAGUUGCCGUACCGUUGGUUUCGGAGGCCAGUAAUUCUCCGGCAUCCACUGUCGGCGAACCUGAUGCUGCAAACGAAGAAAAGUCUUCUCGCCUCAAGACCGUAACUGUGUCAGCAUUCACACCUGGCCAGACAUAUCCGUUGCAACGCAAGAAGUGCACCAUCUGUAAGAGUAGACUUUUCUCCAUCGUCAGUUGUCUCCAAUUCUACAUCCACAACACCGUGCUGACGUCGGCCGUACUCAGCACAAUACAUGGUGGAUUGUGGUUCCUGGUUCAACAAGAAUGGAUUGCGAGAAAAGCCCGCACCAAAGAUCUCUGCCUUUGUGUCUGACAUGGGAAAGGAUUUCUUUUAAAAUCUUUUUGGUGGAUCCAGAAACCUUCAAGGCCACAACCAAAUCUUCACCAAGAAGAUCGCGUCUGUUGAUCCUUUUGUUGCAUUCAAGGACGAUAACACAUAUACUAGAGAGAAUAUGGAGUCUAGUAGAAAGGCCUUAUUGACCAGUUGUAUUCAAUAACAACUACUUGGUGACCACUAUCCGCUGCACUUUGCAUGCCAGAUGGCGUGCAUACUGGGCCUUCAUUUUUGACUCUGAACCAUUUCAACCUGAACUUGUCGCUCACUCUGCCCUACAGUUAAUCACCACUUUCUCUGCCCCAGACGAAUUCGACUGAGGCUCACAACCCUUUCUUUUCUGACGUC